UGUGUAUCGGUUGCUGUCAAGAUGGCGACUGUCUGCUCUUGAAAUUUUGCUUUGUGAAGUAAAAAGUGAUUGAUGUUACGUGCUUUCCUCGUAGAGAGCAUCCUUGACUCAAAGAUGGGUAGUGUCGAACAGCAGCCUGAUAACCUUUUGGUUAAUGUUUUGCAGUUCUUGAGGUCCUCGACUCUGUUUAAUGAUUUGCUAAUUUCUGCUCAGGAAGAAGCUCAGAAAACAAGUCUUAGAAUCUCUGAGCUGAAGAAAGGUGUACAAAAUGGCCUUGGGUCUGCUGGAUGGGAUCGCAAGCUUCGAAAUGCAAUCUAUCACUUUUUGCAGUCUCAGCCAAAGUCAAUGACCAAUGGUAUACUAGGUUCUCCUGAGCAACUCAAAGAACCGCUGACCUAUGUACGGAAGGCACAGCUUGCCUGGGAGAAGAAGAUCCUGAAGAGCCUGAAUAGUAUGUGUACAGAACUGACCAUUCCAUUGGCUCGACGGCGACCAGAAAGAGAGCAGAAAGACAUGAUGGUCAGAUGGACAGAGCUAGGGGUAGAUGGGCCAGCAUUUAUGCGUGGCAGUUCUGGUAUCUGUAGAGGGAUAGACCUGAGCCAGAUCCGACCGGUUUAUGCUCCCAAAGAUUUCCUGGAGGUUGUCGUCAGUCUGCAGAACCCGAACUGCAACAGCUGUGGCAAUGUAGGAUCCUUCGACGUACCCUGGGGUUUGAUUCAAGUGCCCAUGAAAGUGAAAACCUUGAAUGAGUUGAGGCUCCAGUACAGUGACAUGGCCAUCACACAGUGCCAGACAGGGGUCGACGACCUCAGCGACAUUCCUGCGGAACUCUUUGACAACGAAAGGACAAAACUGGGCAGAAAAGUUUUGAGCAGUAAACACGCUCCGAUCUCCCGAGAAUUUUCCAAAAAAGGCUGCCCGGUGUCCAUGAGAGCUGAGCUGUGGAGUCAGAUUCUGGGUGUGGAGCUGGACCAAGUGGAUCACCUGUACUAUGAACAACUCAAGGCGUACGUCCUUCAACAUGACCUGCUUGUGGACAAUCUCUUGUACAAGGAUGUCAAACUGACAGCGACAAACGAUGAUCAAUACUUUGUGUUUGAGGACUUUCUGUACCAGGUUCUGCUGCCAUUCUCUCGUGACACUGUUGUGUUGAAACACUUCACACAGAACAGUGCCACGCCCCCCAAGUCUUACAUCAGAGGGAAGCUCGGGGUGGAGGAGUUUGCUGUGACCUACCCACCUAACGGAGUUAUCCCCUUCCAUGGUUUUGCUAUGUACGUUGCCCCGAUGUGCUACCUCUACGAUGACGUGGUCCAGCUCUACUUUGUCUUCCGUAAGAUGUACAUGCACUUUUUCUUCCGCCUGCACAGCGUGUCUUCCCACCCGCAGGGUAUCGUGUCCUUGAGUCUGUUAUUUGAGCAUCUGCUGCAGGCUGAGGAGCCAGAACUGUUCUACCACCUCAAGCAAGUUGGAUGUCAGCCACUGAAAAUUGCUUUCAAAUGGCUGAUGAGGGCAUUCUCAGGAUUCCUUGCAAGUGACCAGGUGCUGCUGUUGUGGGACAGAGUCCUGGCGUACGAUUCUCUCGAAAUUCUGCCAGUGUUGGCCGUGGCCAUCUUCUCCUUCCGAAAGACCAACCUGAUGAGAGUCACAACUUUUAAUGCUGCUGAG